UGCCAGGAAGGCGAGGGGCAAAGGCCAAAGCGAACUGAACCGAUCCGCGGUUGUGCCCGUGCCGCGCGCCAGCGCCACGCUUCCUACAAUCCUACUGUAGUUUAAUCCGCUUGCACGGAGGAGCAACGCCGAGCAAUGGCGCUCGCAGCCCCUUCUUCCCUCCGCCUCCUCCCGACCACGCCAUCGCAGGCGCCAUCUCCGCCCUGUGCCUCCCGACCACGCCAUCUGCGGGAGCUCCGUCUCUGCCAGAGACUCGCCACCGCCGCCGCCGCCGCCGCCGCCGCCGCGGCCGCGGCCACGGCUCCACUCGCUUCCUCGCCCACCACCUCCGCGGACACGGAGCGGAGGAAGCACGAACUGCUGCGCGCGGUUCAGGAAACGCGGCGCGGAUUCGCAGCGGGGCCCGACCAACGCGCUGCCAUCGAGGAGGCCGUCGUGGCCGUGGAGGAGCGUGGUGCGGGGAAGGGAACGCCGAUAGAUCUCGCGGCGCUCGAUGGCACCUGGAGGCUGUGUUACACAUCGGCAUCAGACGUGCUUGUGCUGUUCGAGGCGGCCGAGAGGCUUCCACUCCUGCAGGUGGGCCAAAUAUACCAGAAAUUUGAGUGCAAAGAUCGAUCAGAUGGUGGAACUGUGAGGAAUGUUGUAAGGUGGAGCAUCGAGAACUUGCUGGAGGAGCAAGAAGGUGCAACACUGAUGGUCUCUGCGAAGUUUGUUGUCCUGUCUAAACGGAAUAUCUUUCUUCAAUUUGAGGAGGUCGCUGUUGAAAAUAUCAAGAUCAGCGAGCAACUGCAGACACUAAUAGCUCCUGCUAUACUUCCUCGGUCAUUUUUGAGCCUUCAGAUAUUGCAGUUCCUUAAAACCUUUCGAACUCAAGUUCCUGUUAGUGGUCCUGAAAGACGAUCACCUGGAGGAUUAUAUUAUCUGUCUUACCUUGAUCGUGAUAUGCUCCUGGGUCGUUCAGUUGGUGGUGGGGGAAUAUUUGUUUUCACAAAGGCACAACCUCUUACAUAAAGGUUUUCUGGUAACCGAGGGCAUAUCAUCUGAUGGCAUGACAGCUGUCCUUGAGCUUGCCAACUUACAACGGGUAUAUAUACCUUGCAAUGCAAAUAUGUGAUUAUCACCUCAUUCUACUUUUUAAAGAGAUUGCCAUGAUCUACUUUGAAUUCGAAGAGUUUACAUGCAACAUGUUUUCUUUUACACACCAGUUGUGGUGCAUAUGUCUGGCUAUUGGCUGUGGAUAUAUAAAGCUUCCUGGAUAGUUCUAUUUCAUCUGUGUUGUACGAGUACUGGAACUGUACCUACUUAUUUCUCAUUUUCAAUGAUUAGUAAUUCAACAUUACGACCAGCAAAACUAAUGUGCCGAUGUACUCCAGUUUUCCAUUCUAUUUGAUGACAUUGACCUUUA